UCAUAACCCAUUGAACCUUAUCCUUGAAUCAUAAUUAUGGUUAAAUUCUUGACCCCGUUACAUAAUUUUUGUAAAAUACAGCGCACAUGCACGUACAAAGACUGACAAAUCCAAUCAUUUUCCUGCCGGCUACGUUGACAAACAAAGAGAAAAGGAUAGAGGGGCAAGGAAUCUAAAGCAGAGAAGAAGAAGAAGAAGGGGAAGGACGAUCACAGCAUUGUUCUCCCUCUUCUCUUAAUCAUGGGUGCCCAGGUCUCUAAACAGGCGGAACGCAGGAAGAAUAUCUCAACCGAGAUGAAAGCUUUGGCUGAUCUAAAGCAAAGCAGUGGAAGUGACUUUCCUGGUUCAGAUUACCGUCCUGCAGAUAGGAAAAACUGGAUGUUAGGCCUUGACCCUGGGAAACUUGUCAUAGAAAAGAUUGUGUGGCCUGGAACCCAUGACUCUGCUACUAAUAAGAUUGGAAUUCCUUGCAUCACCCGCCCAUUUGCUCAAUGCCAAUCUCUUUCAAUCUACCGUCAGCUCGUCAGAGGUGCCCGAGUCGUCGAUGUCCGAGUUCAGGAGGAUCGACGGGUAUGCCAUGGGAUCCUACUGACCUACAGCGUCGAUGUUGUCAUCAACGAUGUUAAGAAGUUCCUCUCAGAAACCCAAUCUGAGGUCAUAGUUCUUGAAAUUCGGACAGAAUUCGGACACGAUGAUCCUCCUGAGUUUGACAAGUACUUGGAGGAUCAGCUCGGGGAAUAUCUUAUUCCCCAGGAUGAUUCAGUUUUUGGAAAGACUAUUGCAGAAUUAUUGCCUAAGAGAGUAAUUUGCGUGUGGAAGCCGAGGAAAUCUCCACAGCCUCAGCAUGGAAGUCCACUGUGGAGCGCUGGCUAUUUGAAGGACAACUGGAUUGACACUGAUUUGCCAUCUACAAAGUUUGACAGCAACAUGAAGCAUUUGAGCCAGCAGCCACCUGCGAAUUCCAGGAAAUUCUUUUACAGGGUUGAGAAUACAGCAACGCCUCAAGCUGAUAAUCCAAUUUUAUGUGUGAAACCGGUCACCAAUCGAAUUCAUGGGUAUGCUAGACUGUUUAUUAUUGAGUGCCUUUCCAAGGGUUACGUCGAUCGUUUGCAAAUCUUCUCAACAGAUUUUAUAGACGAGGACUUUGUUGAUGCAUGUGUUGGGCUCACUCAGGCCAGGAUUGAAGGAAAGCUCUGAUAUCCAUCCCAUUGGAUUAAACGGCACUGUCAGGCCAAUGGGCGGCACCCAGGAUUUCGUUCACUUUCUCCUUUCUUGUCUUCUCGUGAACAGCAUGUGGAAUAAAUCCAUUUGUUCGUUUGUAAGAUGAACCCGUUCUUUUUUUUUGUUCAUUUGUUAGUUAUGUUGUCAAACAUCACGUGUGAAAAAAGGUGGGGAUGUUAUUUGUUCAUUUAAAAUGGGUAUGUAAAUUUGCACUUUUGAGGUUA